CCUUUAAAGACAAUAGGAAAACUCCCACGGAUUUCAGCGGAGCCAGGAUUUCACCCUUGGGGGGCUUGCCUAAUUUAGAGCAGGGGAAAGCCAGUGCUUGCUGCCAGGCGAGGAAUAGCUGGGGUGGAGGGUAAAGGGCAGGUCCCUGCUGCCUUCUACCCGCUGCAGAGAGGGGAGGGGGUCCCCAUCCUUGGCGAUGGCACAGCUUGGCUCGCGUACCCGACUCUCCCCGUCCCGCUGGGCGGUACGUGGGGAAGGCUGCCCGCAUCCCGGCCACCCCGUGCGCGCAGAGCCCCGCUGCGCCCUGAGCGCAGCAGCGAGCCGGGGAGGCAGCGCCAGGGCAGGGCUGGGGUCCGGGCUUAGCCCCCUGCCCCCCGCCAGCCGCUCCGCCGGGAGGCGCCGGGGACGGAGGAACGGCCCCGUCCCCGGCCGCUGCAGGGCGAGGCGUUCCCGAGUCGUCCCCAGCAGGGGAAACUCCCAGCCAAGGUCCCGUGCGCUCGGGCUGGAGGGAGCGGCCCUGCCUGGCUAGCAGGGCAGCCGGCGGCUCCGCAGUGCUGGGCGCGCAGGCCAGGCUGCCCGGAGCGCCGGAGGCGCGGCUCGGCCCGGGGCUGGCGCUGCCCGCCGCGGAGGCGAGGGGCCAGGCUGAGCCGGGCAAGCAGCAGCCGGGGAGCGGAUCUCGGGGGCGAUCCCGGCGCUGGCUCCCGGCUGGGGGGAGCAUGGGGAGCCCAGCCCGGCACUAGCAGGGAGACCGGCUGGCUGGCCGCGGGGACCAACUCACCUGCAUCCCCCUCCCCGCGGAGCCCGGCCUUGGCCAGCCCCGCGCCGGAGCGCCCGGCCUCGGGCAUGGCCCUGGCGCGCCCCGCGCCGGAGCGCAUCCGGAUCUCCGAGGUGGAAAUGGAGCGCUACUACUGCCUGCUGCAAGCCGCCGCCCGCCUCGACUCCAGCGUCGCCGAAACCACAAUUCCCCUUUGUGCAAAGGACAUCAGUGACGAUUUGAGGAAGAAGUUUGCUUUUCUUUCUGGUGGCCGAGGGAAAGACAACGGUUGGAUCAUCACAUUUCCUGAAAACUCCCAUUUCAAUGAAGCAUCGGAGGAGGUUCUAACGAAAGUCUUAACAUACUUAACUUCGGUCCCAAGUCAACAUGAAACCGACACAAAAUUUAUGCUAAUCCUGGAUAGAAGAUUGGAUACAUGGACGUCUGUCAAAAUGACUCUCCAAAGGAUAGCAGCCUCCUUCCCUGGGAACCUGCAGCUAGUGAUGGUUCUACGUCCCACUGGGUUUUUCCAGCGCACUUUCACUGACAUUGGAUUUCGCUUCAGUCAGGAGGAUUUUCUACUCAAAUUACCGGUGGUUAUGCUGAGCUCAGUCAGUGAUUUGCUGAUGUAUAUUGAUGAGAAGCAGUUAACCCCGGAGUUCGGGGGCACCUUGGAAUACCGUCAUAGCGAAUGGGUUAUCUUCAGAACUGCUAUUGAGAGUUUUGCACUAACAGUGAAGGAAAUUGCACAGAUGUUACAAUCUUUCGGCACAGAGCUGGCAGAAACAGAGCUACCGGAUGACACGUAUUCAAUUGAGCGCAUCCUGGCUUUGCGCACAGAAAAGUAUUGUCAGCUCAAGGGAGAUAUUACAGUAGUAACAAAAGAAGGAAACGUGCUGUUAAGUAGUUUAGAAGAGCCCAAUGCCAACGAACGUAGUCAGAAACAACACCACGACAGGCCCGGAGACUGGGAAACUGUGAAUCGGUUACUUGCUCAGUUGCAUGAGAUGGAAACUGCUUUUGAUGGCUUCUGGGAAAAACAUCAACUGAAAAUGGAGCAGUAUUUACAACUGUGGAAGUUUGAGCAAAGUUUUCAAGAGCUCCAGAGUGCCAUUGAAUUUUUAAUGGGUCAGCAAGUGGAACUGCCUGAUACUGGAGAUAGCGUGGCUCAGGUGAAACAAAGGCUCAAAGACUUGGGUAAUUUGGAUGGAAUGGCUCAGGACCUGGUAGGGAAAGCGCAGGUGGUGAUAUUACAUGGGCACCAGCUAGCGGCAAAUCAUCAUUACGCACUCAGCUUAAUCUGUCAGCAGUGCAAUGAGCUGCGGCACCAUUCUGACGUCCUGUCGGAGGAGAUCAAGAGGAAGCGCGUACGGCUCCAGAUGACCUUAGAUCUGCACACCCGCCUGCAGCAGGCCCUCGAGUGCUGUGAUGAAGGGGCUAAUCUUCUAGCUAAUCAGCCAAUGGAUAAAUGCCAGUCUAAAGAAGGUGCUCAGAAAGCUCUUGAGGAUAUAGACAAAUUCCUUGAAAGUUCUUUGCUGUACUUAAACUAUGAUCCUCAAGUCCUGUGCUAUGACUUUGAAUCUGUUUUAACACCUGAAAUAAAGGACCAGAUACAGUCAGUCCAGGUCAAGCUUGAAAACAUUCGAACUAUGUUUGAGAAUCGGCAAACUUGCUUCAAAAAGCUGGUGGAUAAACAAGUCCGGCCUGUUCAGUUAGUAGCCCCUCGACCAGAAAACCCACCAAGAUCGAAAUCUCCUUUAUUCUCUCCCAAACACGGCAUGGAUUUUAAUUCCGGUUUGAAGUUUUCAUUUGACAUCUCUCUCCCUGGGAAGAAAACGUCAAGAAAAUCUCUCAACUCUCGUAAGAUUGAAGUAAUGCAUGACUAUCAAGAAAAAAGGAAUUCCUUGCAGUCUUUUAUUUCAGAAAGUGAAGACAACUUAGAUACACUAAAAGGCCAUGUCAUAAAUGAGCUAAUAGAAACAGAGAGAGUGUACGUAGAGGAACUGUCCACUGUUCUGAUGGGUUACAGGGCUGAAAUGGAAAAUCCAGCAAUGGUCAUUCUCAUGCCACCUGCCCUGAGAAACAGAGAGGAUGUUCUCUUUGGGAAUAUGCCAGAGAUAUAUGACUUCCAUAACAAAAUUUUCCUACACAAUCUGGAAAGCUGUGUUGGAGCACCAGAGCGAGUGGGGCUUUGUUUCCUGGAAAGGCGAAAAGAUUUUCAGAUGUAUGAGAAAUAUUGUCAGAACAAACCCCGGUCGGAGUCUCUGUGGAGGCAGUGUUCAGAAAGCACCUUCUUUCAGGAAUGCCAAAGAAAAUUAGAACACAGACUUGGGCUGGAUUCCUAUUUGCUCAAGCCAGUACAACGUUUGACAAAAUACCAGUUGCUUUUGAAGGAAUUGCUAAAAUACAGCACAAGCUGUGAUGGAGUUAAAGAAUUGCAAGAAGCUUUGGUUGCAAUGUUGGAUUUACUAAAAUCAGUCAAUGACUCUAUGCAUCAGAUUUCAAUAACAGGAUAUGAUGGGGACUUGAGUGAACUUGGAAAAGUAUUGAUGCAAGGAUCGUUCAGUGUUUGGACAGGACACCGAAAAGGCCCUACAAAAAUGAAGGAGCUUGCCAGGUUCAAACCAAUGCAGAGGCACCUCUUCCUGUAUGAGAAAGCCCUGGUGUUUUGUAAGAAGAGAGAGGAGCAUGGAGAUGCGUAUGAUAAAACCUCUUCAUACAGUUUUAAGCAUUUUUUGAAAAUGAAUGCUGUUGGAAUCACUGAAAACGUGAAGGGGGAUCAUCGAAAAUUUGAGAUCUGGUACAGCGGACGAGAGGAGGUGUAUGUUGUGCAGGCCCCAACAGUAGAUGUGAAGAUGGCGUGGUUAAGUGAAAUGAGAAAAAUUUUGUUCAAGCAGCAGGAGCUUAUAAAAGGCCCUUAUUCAGCAAGGUACUUCAGCACCUGCCUCAUUUUAGUUGAGAAGAAACCAUACGGUUUGUUUACAGACCAGAUCCAACUUUCCCCUCAGCUGAGUGAUGGAAAGCAGCAUAGAGCCUCCAUAAGCUCCGAAGAAAAUGAUUCUGAACGCACCAGUCCUGUAAUGUUGGAUCGUAUCAGCUCAUCGCCACAGAACAAGCCAAAGCAAAACUGGUCGAGAAUGUCACAAUCUGUGGAAAUCUGUGAAGGGCUUGAGGACUGGUCCAGCAACAAUUACCUUUCUAAUUGCUCAGACACAGAAGAAGAAGAUGGGAGCCAGUUGUCUCCAGGAAAAUAUAAAGCCCUAGCAGAUUGCAAGAAUAGAGGAUCGGAGGACCUGCUGGUUAAAAACGGGGAUGUAAUUCAACUUUUGCAUGAGGAUGGGGAAGGGCAAUGGUUGGUGAAAAACCUGAACAGAAGGAAAGAGGGCUGGAUUCCUGUCAACAGUUUGCAGAUAGUAAUCGGCGACUGUAGGUUUCGGAAUGCCAAAGUCGCAGAAAGCAGACUUCACUUUUUUACAAGUGGAUAUUCUCAUCCGCUUCAUGCAGUAGAUCUUUUGUUACUACGUAAAGAACAUUCGAGCGUCACAGCAAAAUAAAUGCAGAGAUGAUACUAUCCAACUGGUUGUGGUAGUUAACGGGCAGAUUACUGAAUUAAGUCAAAUUCUGGGGUCUUUGCUUGGACAAGACUCCCACUCAAGCUAGUGGGAGUUUGCUUUUAGUGAAGACCACAGUUUUGAGGCAUUGUUACAUUAUUACAAGAACCAGUGUAUUCUUCGAAUAAGAUGCUCUAAUGUUCUCAUUCUUCAUUACUUUAUAGAUGCUGCCCUGUGUAACACAAGCAAGUUUAGUUCCCCCUGAGUUACAGGUGAACUAGUAGCCCCCUAUUUUUGAUGCUCCUUUGGAGACUUUGCACUAGGUGUUACAAAGAAACCACACAAUAGCUGGAGUUACCCUGUACUGUUCAUCACAGUCACAGAAUUUCACAGCUUCAUCUGCACGGACCGGGACUGCAGUUUGUCACAGUCAUAAACAGUUUGUCACAGUCAUAAAGGAAGACAUUAUUGGCUAUUUCAUUCUUUUUCCCCUAUGGAAAGCACUGUAUUUUAUUUUUGCCUGCUGUUUUUCCAUGACAUCCAUUAAGUUCAUCAGAGAAGUAAAUCGACAGUGUCCUGACACUUCAUUUAGAUGCCUGAAAUUGAGUCGACAGGUUGAAAGCUUUACCUAUUUAUUUGUUGCGCUUGAUUGCAAAUGAAAGCGUUCAGUUUUAGUAAACCAAAAAAAUAAAAAAGCCACAUUUUCUAGUUAAAUUCAUUUUAUGGAAUGGGUUUAGAUAUAUUGCAGCUAUGUGAAUGUAAUGGACAAUAAGAUCAUCUUCUGGCUGGGUCAUAUGAUGAUGAUGCAAUAAUGCUAAAGAACUUCCUUUUGCACUGAAUAGCUGAUUCAAAGCCCAUUGUAGUCAAUAGAAUGACUCCUGUUGAUUUCAAUGGCCUGGGGAUCAGGCCCACUGACUGACAACUCAGGGUUGUCAAGAAUCACUUCAAGUUCCAAAGUGUUCCAGGGGUAACACCUGUAUCUAGCAAGUGUUGAAGUUUACAUGUAAUGUAUUGUCCUUUUGGAACGUGUGCCAUAACUAUAAGUUAAAUGUCCACAUUUGCACUACAGAUGUUCUUCUUAUAAGACUGUACUUGUCAGCAUCUUUACUGAUAACUUACCUUGUGAAUUUUGGGGAAAAAAAUAUUAAAAUGUUUCAUAAUUUAUUUUGUUUGUCUAGUUUUUCUUUUUGUAAUACAUAUGUACAGGUGGUUUGACUUUUAAACAGGGCUGUAUAAAGAUAAUUCUAAUUGCAUUGAAAACAGGGUUAGUGAUAUGCAUGCAAUAUUGAAUUUACACACUGUCUCAUUGGAUUGAAAUGUUUUAUACUCUGGAUUAAUGAGGGAUCCUUUUGAUGUGAAUUUGAUUUGUGAGCCAUGAAUUCUGAGUUAUGGUGUAAAGUUAUAUAAAACCUCAUUUUUAUUUUCCAGUGACCAUUUUUGUACAAAGGAAUUGCUGAGCUACUGUAUGACUGUCAUUGGAAUUGCAUGGUACAUUUCGUAGCAUGGUAGUACACCGAACUAAUGCUGUUUGGCACUUUUCUAACAUAAUAUUACUCUUCCAUCCUCAAAAAUAUGAAACUUGUACAGUAGAUCAGCUGCAUCUGAAUUAAGGAUCGCUGCAAAUAUUAGAGAUCCCAAUCUUGUCCAAUUACUGGCAUUCUUAAUGAACAGAUUUUAAAUCAUCCAAAUACAUUUUUAUCUAUUUUAAAUAGGAUCACAAUGCACUUGUUAAGAGUAAAAAUAAGAUUCUGUUCAAUUACUAUUGGGGCUACUUAUAGUAGUAACAAUUCUUAUGGU